GCGGCUAUGGCGAGGGAGAAGCAGCCUGAGGCGGCGGCGGAGGCGGAGGGAGCUCCUGAGCGCUCGUACCGGGAGCAGCUCGACUACCUGAACCCCAUUGCCCAGCCCCUCGCCUCCCGUAAGCUGACGCGCAAGCUCUACAAGUGUAUCAGGAAAGCGGCCAAGCACAAGCAGAUCCGUCGCGGUGUGAAGGAGGUCCAGAAGUUCAUCAACAAGGGAGAGAAGGGGAUCACGGUGCUGGCCGGCGACACGCUGCCUAUCGAUGUGUACUGCCACAUCCCCAUCAUGUGCGAAGACAGGAGCCUCCCCUACGCAUACGUCCCUUCCAAAUCGGACCUGGGAGCCGCAGCCGGCUCGAAGCGCCCGACCUGCGUUAUCAUGAUCAAGCCCCACGAGGAGUACCAGGAGACCUACGAUGAGUGCUUGGAGGAGGUAGAGGCCCUGCCCCUGCCGCUGUGAAGAGCCGGGGACAGGCUGCACCCCGUGGGGCAGUGGCGGGUCCUCGUCCCUCUGCCCGUGGGGCCGUGCACCUCUGUUUUUGGGGACACUGCCGAGGACACUGACUGGGGGGUGGUGAGCGCUGUAGGGGUGAAUAAAGG